AAAAUGUUGGCUCUCAUAAUUUUUGAAGAUUUACAUAUUUGUUACUAUAGAUAUGCUUCAGUUUUCAGAAGACUUUGCAGUCUCAACUGAUGAACAACAGGGUGUGGCUUCCUAUAAUUCUGAAAUGAAGCUGAGUUGCCCAGCAACUCAGAAAUGUCCAGUAAAAUAGAAAUAGAGACAGACAUUACCCUGGAGUGGCUUCAUUGGCUUUUCCACUUUUGCAUUCCAAAGCAUAAGCUCAAGUCGUCUCAGAAGGACAAGGUCCGCCAGUUUAUGGCAUGUACUCAGGCCGGGGAGAGAGCUGCUAUCUACUGCCUAACUCAGAAUGAUUGGAAACUAGAUGAGGCCACAGACAGAUUCUUCCAAAACCCAGACACGUUCCUUCAGGAGGCCAUGAGGAGCACUGUGGACCAGAAGAAGCUGGAACAGUUAUAUGGCAGGUACAAAGACCCACAAGAUGAAAACAAAAUUGGAAUUGACGGGAUUCAACAGUUUUGUGAUGACUUAAAUCUUGAUCCUGCCAGUAUCAGUGUUUUGGUCAUAGCAUGGAAGUUCAGGGCUGCUACUCAAUGUGAAUUUAGCAAAAAGGAAUUUGUAGAUGGCAUGACAGAGCUUGGGUGUGAUAACACAGAAAAGCUGAAAGCUCUUCUGCCCAGAUUGGAACAAGAGCUUAAGGACUCAGCAAAGUUCAAAGAUUUUUAUCAGUUUACCUUUACCUUUGCUAAGAAUCCUGGACAAAAAGGUUUAGAUUUAGAAAUGGCUGUUGCAUAUUGGAAAUUAGUAUUAUCUGGAAGGUUUAAAUUUUUAGAUCUGUGGAAUACAUUUCUGCUGGAGCAUCACAAAAGAUCAAUUCCAAGGGACACUUGGAACCUUCUGCUAGAUUUUGGAAACAUGAUUGCAGAUGAUAUGUCUAACUACGAUGAAGAAGGAGCGUGGCCCGUCCUUAUAGAUGACUUUGUAGAAUACGCACGGCCAGUCAUCACAGGAGGGAAACGUGGCCCUUUCUAAGAGGAAAAGUGAGGUUGAGAUCGUAAAGUGCACCACAUCCUGCAAGGAGGCGCUUGGGGGUCAGUUGCCAUGCGUGUCUGUCACUGACUUCAAAACGUCCUCCCUCGCACAGUUGUGAAGCUGGAACUCUGCUGUGUGGCUCGUGUGGACACUGAGAAGCUCCACAGGGGACAGCUUCCUCGGAGGUAGGGUCUGUCGUAGAUGCUGCUUUAGGAGACUCCUGCAUGACCUCACACUUAGGCAGAUAGCAGAGAGCCUGUUUGCAGGCCGCAGAACACAUUUAGUUUGUGAUUAAGACAAAUACCAUCAGUUCCUGAGACUGUUGGAUGUACCGUAAUUACACUUAAAAACAGUAUUUAUGUCCUCAAUAGGAUGUAUUUUUAUACAAAUCAAGUCUGUUUCAAAUUGUGCCCUAAUGAAGAUGACCUUGUCAGAGGAUAGUUUUUAAAUCUUGGUACCAGGAAUUCAUAAUUUUAUUUAUUUUUUUAAUUAUCAAAUAUUGGAUUUACCAGAUCUAUUUUGCUUCUGUUUUUCUGAUGUUUAUCUGAAAAUAAUGUUAUGGUUUUUCAAGAUACCUAUUUAAGACACCAUUGUAGUAGCUUACACAGUGAUGGGCACAGUAAGCUCUGAUUCCAGUGAAGCUCAUUUUAAACUGUUGACCAGCCAGUGGGCAUGUUUUUACUUCUCAUAAUGUUAUUUGAACCUCCUGAAAAGUUUUUUAUUUUUUAAUUUAUCACAUAUACAUACACACAUGUGUAUAUGUGUGUGUGACAUUUUUGUCUAGGAAAAGCAUUUCUUUUUGAGUGCAUUAAGAUUUAAAAUCCAAUGCAUAGUUCCCUUCACCUUGUCUGAUAUCCAGGGUGCCCAGGGUCCAGCCCUUUGGAUAGCCAUGUCCAUUUGCAAGCAGGCAUACCCUCACCUCACACCUUCAUCUCUCAUCCGUGAGCCACAGUCGAUAGAUACCAUGUCAUGUCUGGUUUUGUGGUGUCUGCCUGGCCAAGGACCGCCCAUGCACACAAGCCUGGCUGGAGGGCCUGGAUGCCGCCCGCUCUUCUGGUGUCAAGCUUUGAACAUCACUGUGCUGACCCUACCUCACAUUUGCCAAGACUCGGCAUCACAGCGUGCCUUGCUGCCCCGCCUGCGUCACGGCCUCGCGCAGAGCGGCCAGGGCCACUCCAGGAGAGGGCUUCUCAACUCCCGUACACAUCCAGGUGGCCUCGGAGGUGACAUGCCUAGCUUUAGAAAGCAGCCCCAAGAUGCGCAUGACCUGCAGUGGAUUCCAUCGGCGACACCGAGUGAGAAUCUCCAAGAGGGAAAGGGUUAGAGGAGCGGAGACAGACCCAGCUCUGAAGAACUGGCCCUUCACUAUGAGAGGACCUGACUAGUGGUGUGGUGAGGACAAGUCACGCGACCUUUCUCAGCUCUGCUGUGUGUCCUCGAAGCUCUGACUCAGAGAGCAUUCGAUUCAAUAUUUAAAGUUAUGAGAGGAAGUGGCGCUGUGGCUCAAGUGGCAAAGUGCUAGCCUUGAGCUGAAGAGCUCAGAGACAGUGCUCAGGCCAAGAGUUCAAGCCCAUGACUGACAAAAAAAAAAAUUCUAUGAGAUUGUCAAUAGAUUCUAAACGUUGGUUGGACAAAGCCUCUUGAGAGAAUUGCGCUUUCUUAACAUUUGAAUCAUGCAUGCUAUAAAGAUGCUGAGGACUUCAGAAGCAUUAAAAUAAGUUAUUUUCCCUGGU